AUGAAGUGGGCAUGGGCAGCCAGUGCGCAACGCACAAAUAGGGUAUCAGGCUACGACUGGUCUCGUACUCCCGUGGUCCUUAGCGAAAGUUUUGCGCGCAAUGCACCGGUCUCCUCUCGUCCUCUGGGUUGUUUGUACUUUGUCCAGUUCGGUGAAAUGAUGGCAUCGAUGAUGAUCUACCACGUAUCCAAUAGCACCUCGAAAAGCCUGGUCACUGAUGAUAUACUCACUUAUGACAUGGGGAUUGACAUCGAAAGAUUCAUGCUGCCAUCGAAAUCUCCCAACACCAGCCCUAAAUACAGCAGAGACCCCUUGUAUUGA